AUGGCUCUGAAGAGAAUCCACAAGGAACUGAACGACCUGGCGCAGGAUCCCCCAGCACAGUGUUCCGCAGGUCCUGUCGGGGAAGACAUGUUCCACUGGCAAGCUACCAUCCUGGGGCCGAAUGACAGUCCCUAUCAGGGCGGAGCAUUUUUCCUGACGAUUGAUUUCCCAACAGAGUACCCCUUCAAGCCACCUAAGGUCGAAUUUACGACAAGAAUUUAUCAUCCGAACGUGAACAGUAACGGCAGCAUCUGUCUUGAUAUUCUCCGCUCACAGUGGUCUCCAGCACUGACGAUCUCAAAAGUGCUUCUGUCCAUCAGCUCCCUGCUGUGUGACCCCAACCCAGAUGAUCCCCUCGUGCCUGAGAUUGCUCAGAUCUACAAGACAGACAGGGAAAAGUACAACAGAACAGCUCGGGAAUGGACUCAGAAGUACGCCAUGUGA